GAGGUAUCGGAGAGCCGUGAGGAAGCAGCAACAGGCGAGCCGGCUCUGCUAGAAAGAGUCCCGGGGAUUAAAAAAAAAAUAAACGAACAAAAAUCUCGAAGGGCGAAGGGCAAGGAACAUAAAUAAACACCCCGCCAUGGCACCCUCGCAACCGCCACCUCCACCAAGACAAGUACUGAGCCAGAUCCCGCGCCCGCCGCGCUUCACCUUCAGGGCGAGGGUGCUGACGGGCGCCUUCGCGGCCGUCGCCGUCGUCGGCGCGAUCUACGGGGCCGGGCUGAAGACGCAGCAGGAGUACAAUCGGGAGAAGCAGAAGAUCGCGGAGGCCAGCGCCGAGGACCGGAUACGGAACCUGGAGGAGCGGCGCACGGCGCUGCUCGCGCAGCGGAGGCCGAUUGAGCGGAAGCUUAACGACUUAAGAGCUCGGAUGAGGGCCCAAGAGCUGAAGGAUGCUGCUGCUGCUGCUGCUGCUGCUACAAAUCAGAGCGGGAAGUGAAAGCACAAGAGAUGUCGAGGGAUUGUAUCCGAAGGAAAGUAUAUAAAGGGAUACGAAGCGAGAGAAUAUGAUAAUGACGAAUGAUCAUUGAGAUAUCUGUUCAUCUCCACCCUGUCUAUCCAUGGCUAGAAGCUAUCAUCCGCCCACGAGAGAUUUUCGGGCGGCGACGAUGCUUCCAGAUAGACAGAAAAUGCAUUGCAGCUGAGCAUUGCGUAAGUUGGAGGCAAAUCCAUGGCUACUCAUGGUAGACUACGAAAGAAAUGGAUUCAAAGCACUUGCUU